AUGCCUUCGCCUCACAUUAAAACCCUCGGACGCAACUGGGUUCAGUACAUGGACGACGAACGUAGCCAGAAUGCAGACCGUAUGACUACCCUCACUGUCACUCUAGCACCUCCUCUCAAUGCACUCCCUCUCACUCGGCCCUCCGAACUCCCUAGUGAGACGUUUCACCGAAGCACACUGAUCCCUGUGCACCCCCUCCUUGUACCCUCCAGUGGCGAUUGUUCUUCGUGUGCCAGAUACCCUGACGUUGUGAUGCCCAGGCAGGACAAAGGUAGAUUAGAACUGCAUUAUGGCACCCAGAAGGCGGGUAAAGGUGAAGUAUGCAGCAACCAUAUUAAAUGUAUGCUGAAUGACUUUUCCAAAUAUAGUAUUAAGAAAACGACCCCCAUUAAAUCUGCCAUUCAGAGUCCUACUCGUUCAGAGAAGGAGGAGCUGGGCGCCCUCUCCUCGCCCCCGCCCGGAGACGCCGUGCCCACCGCCACCGGGAAGCCAGGCGACGGCGGCGAGGACGACCGUGAGUCCUGGGACAGCAAGUGGCAGUACCUCCUGGCGGUGAUCGGGUACGCCGUCGGCCUCGGCUCCGUGUGGCGCUUCCCGUACCUCUGUCAGAAGAACGGCGGCGGUGCUUUUCUGUUCCCUUACCUGAUCAUGCUGGCGGUUGAGGGCAUCCCCAUCUUCUAUCUGGAACUCGCUGUCGGUCAGAGACUCAGGAAAGGAGCUAUUGGUGUCUGGAACCAGGUCUCGCCUUACUGUGGCGGCAUCGGCGUGGCUUCAGCUUUUGUGUCCUUCAACGUGGCUCUUUAUUACAACACUAUCAUAGCCUGGUGCCUCUACUACCUGGCGGGGAGUUUCCGGAGUCCCCUCCCGUGGUCAGACUGCCCCAAGAAAUAUUACGAAAACGGAUCGUAUACCGUGGUGCGGGAGUGCGCGAAAAGCAGUCCCACAGAGUAUUUCUGGUACCGAGAAACCCUCGAGAUUUCUCCAGACAUCAACCACCCUGAGAAGUUCAACUGGAAGAUCGCUAUUUGCCUUCUCAUCGCAUGGCUCCUCACCUACCUGUGCAUGGCCAAGGGUAUUGCGUCAUCUGGAAAGGUCGUGUAUGUGACAGCCACGUUCCCCUACUUGGUACUGGUGAUUUUCUUCGUGCGAGGCAUCACUCUGCGCGGCAUGGAAGACGGGUUAAAGCAUCUCUUCACUCCAGACUGGGAAAAGCUCCUCGACCCCACCGUCUGGCUCGAGGCGGGCACGCAGAUCUUCUUCUCCCUCGGCCUGGCCUUCGGGGGGCUCAUCGCCUUCUCCUCCUACAACCCUGUGCACAACAACUGCUUCCGAGAUGCCGUGGUCUGCGGCCUCAUCAACUGCACCACGGCCAUCUUCGCCGCCAUCGUCGUGUUCUCGGUGCUCGGUUUCAAAGCCAACAUCACCUUCGACGAAUGCACGCAAGAGAGGGAGAGGCUCUUCACCAAUAUCCCCAUGCCCGAGCUGCCCGAGUGCGACCUGCAGAAGACGCUCAAGAAUUCCGCUUCGGGAACGGGCCUGGCGUUCAUCGUCUUCACGGAGGCCAUCAACCAGUUCCCUUGGGCGCCCCUCUGGUCCAUCCUCUUCUUCCUGAUGCUGUUCACCCUCGGCAUCGACUCCGAGUUCGGCACGUUGGAGGGCGUGAUCACCUCCAUCGUCGACCUCAAGGUCUUCCCCAACAUCAGGAAGGAGAUCUUGACUGGCAUCUGCUGCGCCAUCUGCUGCGUAAUCAGCAUGGUCUUCGCUCACGGCGCCGGGAACUACGUGUUUAUUCUCUUCGAUGACUUCUCCGGGAACAUUCCGCUCCUGAUCGUCGCCUUCUUCGAGUGUGUCUCCGUUUCGUACAUCUAUGGCCUCAGGAGGUUCAGCGACGACAUAGAGCUAAUGACAGGAGGACGACCCGGCCCCUUCUGGUUGCUCUGCUGGAAGUACAUCUCGCCCACGGUCAUGCUCACGAUUCUUACCUCCUCCAUUAUAAAGCAGGUGGUGAACGGUUCAAAGUACAUGGCCUGGGACGCGGCGGAGGGCGAGGUCACCUUCCAGUCGUGGCCGACGUGGGCGUGGGGGCUCGUGGCCGUCCUCGUCCUCGUGUCUGCCCUUUGGAUACCCGGAAUCGCCCUCACAAGGUUGUGCGGCCUCCACGUUAUUCAGGAUGAAGAGCCUGCCUGGUUCCCAGCGGAGGAACUGAGAGAAUUUCACACCAUCGUCCCUCACAAGGUCACAAACAUCGAAAGGAAACUCUUCUGCAUGCGAGACGACGGGCUCGAAGGCCUCUGUUGUCCAAUAGGAGCUCCGCCCAAAGAAGACGUUUAAAGAAAACGGAAUCAUUGCGAGGACAAACUACACAAGACUGCCACACCUGGAGGGCAGCGGACAAGAAUAUAAUGGCCUAGGUAAAGUUUUCAAUGGGGAUUCAUCAUAAACUGGUAGAGCAUGGUUGAUCGUAGACUCAGAGGUGUUAACAAGAAUGGUUAUUGUUCAGUAAUACGCCUCUUCCGACCCAUUACAGCGACGUCUUUGCAUAAUAUCUGGUCGAGGCUUUAUGCUUUGUACAUUAUUUUCGGCUUACAAAGUUAACAUUUCCUGUUGUUUUAUAUUUUGCUGUUUGGUAAUUACAGAAACUGAGGUUCCUCUGGCAUCCCUUUAAGAUGGAUUUCUAAAAUAGUUGUUGAUUUAUCUCUAUAGUCAUCCGAAGUAAAAACGAAAAACAACCAACGUUCUUUACAACUUUCUUUUUAUAGUAAUGGUAAUAAUAAAAAUAAAAUCUGGUACGAUUGGAAUUUAUGGACCUCAUCCAAACAAUGAAUCUAUAAGUGAUUAAUAAGUCUUGAUGAAUUUUUGUACUAUUAGACAAUACACUACAGUAUUAUUACAAGUUCACUGAUUUGUAUACAGGCUAAAAAUCAGAACUUCUUAACUUUUCUCAUCGAAGGCUAAGCAACUCUUGACCACUUUUCCCUCUUCUUAAAAGAAAUGUACAUAUGUUUUCUGUCACUUUUUGGUGACUUGCGGAUCGUAUAUAUAUUACCCUUCUCCUUCUAUCUCUAUCUCCCUCUUUCCCUUUCUCUCUUACUUUCUCUCACUUACUUCUCCCCUCCUUCUCUCAUUUUCUCCUUUUUCUUCCCUCUCUCUCCCCUAUCCUCCAUCCCUCUACCCCUCCUCCCACCUACCAUUCCCCUCCCCCCCCCCUUCCUUCCUUCCUUCUACCCCCGUUUCGAAGUCAUCAGUUGCCGUAGACACCGGAAGAGCUCGCGGAGGGUCAGCGCCGAGAGAAGAACAGUCAAGGAGUUCAUUCACCUUCCAAUCGCUUGCUCAAACUGUCGAAGGAUUUCCAGGUUUACCAGCUUUCUCUUCUGGACUUUCUUUUCCAACACCAGCGCCGUCAGGGGGUUGUAAAAAUAGGCUCGCCCGGUAAAUAUAUAUAUAAAUAUAUAUAAAUAUAUAUAUAAAAUAUCCCUAAGUUUAAAAGUGCCUCUUAUUGCUUGUUUGAUUGUUAUCGAUGACAGUUAAUUACAGUUGGUUGCCAAAAUAUGUUGACAAACUGUUUGUUAUACACUUUAAAGAAAUUUCUCUGAAUGUUUCAUAAAUGUUUACCGAUGAACGUAGAGCGAUGUAUAGUCAUAGAAAGAAGUAAACUGUAUACUGUAUAUGUAUAUACUGUACGUAUACAUGAAUGGUGGGUGUCGUAGAAGUAGACUUAUGCUGUGAAGUUGUUAAUAUUUUAAUUCAUGCUGAACAUUACGCUGGGAAGUUCAUCGAGAAAAGAUGAUCAAAAGCACUUUAUUACUGUAUUUUACUGAUGUAUUAUUAUUAUUAUUAUUAUUAUUAUUAUUAUUAUUAUUUUGUGAUAUUACUCUCUUUUCACAAGAUAACAAGACAUAUCUUGAAUGGAGGAUGUAAACAUAUCCUCACCUAUUCACAGAGAAGUAAUUAUUUCUAUACAACAAAGGCUUGAGAGCGUAUUGGCACUCAUCUUAAAGUCUUGUCCAAGUAUUUACGAAUAUGAAGGCACCUUAGUUCCGUUUAGUCAUUUCACCUUUUGACCUGCUUUGACUUCCAAUAAUUUCCCCUUCUUUCAGGCAGUUCUCUCUGUCGUCUACACUUCCUUCUUUACGGUAGUCCUCUCUUUGGUAUGAUCUAGUAUUCCUGAUUCACUGCAGCCCUCUCUUUGGCGUUCCCUCUCCACUGCACUCUAUACUUCUAAUGCAAAGGAGGAUUGAGGUCCCUCUUGAAGCACUGUGGUAAAAGCAAGUAUGACAACUUUAUUUCUUUUUUGUCUAGUGUCCUUUUUUCUUUGCCCUGUGAAGCAGCCCAGCGUGAUGGCUCAGUGAGUAGAUACGCAAUAAUAUAACGUCUAAGUCAUCACUGUCCUUAUGCAAUUAUUUGUGAUUUAUUUUACGGCUGAGACCAAGCCAUUGCGAAGCCCCGUGUAUCUCUCGCGAACUUCCUCGAAAGAUUCUUGAGUAAACACAAGAAGAUGGCCAAUUAUGAUAAAUCCACCUCAUCAAGGAAGGGAAAUUGCCCCUUUUGUUUUCUAUAAGGGAAACGUGCCAUUCCGUCUGUGACCUUCACAUGACUGACUACCAAAUUACCGCAUUGAGUUGCCGGUGUCAAUGGGCUCAGCAGGAGGAGCAACAUCUUUCAAGGAACCUCGCUUGUAUGCGUGGUACCUAGAGCGUGUAAAACACUCCUUUCAACGGGGCGAAGCAAUAGUUUGGUUUCGUUUUGUUAGGAAGAGGAAAUAGACAAGACGUGUGGCGUUAAAAAAAGUUUUAGCUAUAAAGAGGCUGGCGUAGGAAAGGUGCAAGGUCAUGACAAGGUUUUUUUUUAUAGGGUAAAAGAAGUACUUUAGUACCUUUGCGGUUAUGGUCGGACCAAGCUUUCAAGUAUCUGAACGAAGCUACAAAAUUUAAACAAAAAAACCUGUGAUAACUUCUUUCUUGGAGCCGAAGUUUUUUCUAUUAAUUAUUUUUUAUAUAUAUACGAAAUCAAGUUCUUCCAAUACACUCCUAACUGAAGAGUGAUCAUGUGGCAGGUGCAACUUUUUAAUAGCUUCAAGAAUUAUAAGAAUUUGAACUAAAUGAGAAUCUAUAUUUUUCUCCUAAUGGCCAUGGAAUGUGAACUUAUGAGAUAAUCCAGUUCAACAUGUAAUUUGAUACCAAUAAAAAACUGAAAUGCCUCUCACUUCGAGCUCUGAUCUCCUCUCGUUGCUUUACACUGUGUAUUGUAUAGAGGUCUUUUUUAAGGACAAAGCUAAGGUUUUCAAUGUACAUAGAAAAUAUUUUCACGAACAGCAACUGUAAAAUUUAACACUGAUAUAUUUUAAAAUUGAUAUCGUUUUCCCAAUCAGUGACAAUGGUCUCCAAUGUUCACAAUACCGUAAUGCUAACUAAUUAUAUAUAUAUUACCAUAAGGAUAUUGAUAGAAAAAACAGAUCCAUAUCUUUCCUCUCUUUCUUUGUGAGGAAGAACUCCAAUUCUGUGAUUAAAAUCGAAGAAAUUAGUUAUGAAUUACAGGAAGUUUGUCUGUUGUUGUACAAAACUGUAUAUUCAUUCCUUACCGAAGCUUCAUUAGGUGAAAGUAAUAAUAAAACCAAUUACGUUUAAGUCCUUUAUUUCAAUGCUGAGUUUUCCUCCCGGAGCGAUGAACAGCAGUAAAGAGUUAUUAUUUUGCUAUUGUUUUUAUUACCAUAUUUUCAUAUAUACUUCAUAUGUCCUUUAUUGUUGAGUUUUCUUCCCGGAGCAGCAGACAUCAGUAAAGAUUACAGUAUCAGU